AUUGUACGUCUAUAAGUUUUACUAUAUUUAUAUAAAAUUUUCCUCGGAAAGGACGUUUUGGUGAUUCUGCGAUCAGUUGGCCGCUUGGAGGCUUGAGUCCUGAGUCCUGAGUCGACAGUAGUCGCCAGUCUAGCGAAUAUGAUUGGGAACAAUGGUUAUAGUUGUUAUUGAGCCAAUUUUGCGUUCCAUUGAUACUUGUCAACAAAGACGUUACUUCUAAUUUAUGUGCGACGUGUUACGGCUGCUCAGCACAGCGUAAUCGUAUACAAUAUUAUGGCAACUGCUAUUCAAGAGAAUGGCAUGAAACCGUUAACAAAUAAAUCUUUGAAUCACGUAAAGGAUGUUAAUAACUUGGAUAAAACUAACACCUGUACAGAAGAACAAGACAAUAGAUUAUUUGAUGGACAACUUCAAUCUUAUGUAGAUCAUGCCGAAGAGCCUCACGAAGAACCUCCUGAACUUGAUAUUGUUAUUAAUAAUGUAGUCUGUAGUUUUAGUGUAAGGUGUCAUUUGAAUCUGCGAGAAAUAGCACUCAAUGGAUCCAAUGUUGAAUACAGGAGAGAAAAUGGGAUGAUAACAAUGAAACUAAGGAGACCAUAUACUACAGCAUCCAUUUGGUCAUCCGGUAAAGUAACUUGCACUGGUGCCACCAGUGAAGUUCAAGCAAAAAUCGCAGCACGCAGAUUUGCUCGUUCCCUUCAAAAACUUGGAUUUAAAGUGAGAUUCAAUAAUUAUAGAGUGGUCAAUGUGUUAGGCACUUGUUGUAUGCCAUUUGCUAUCAAGAUAACAUCUUUUUCGAUAUAUCACAAAGAAAAUGCUGAUUAUGAACCAGAAUUACAUCCUGGUGUAACAUAUAAGCUAAAAGAACCUAAAGCUACUCUAAAGAUAUUUUCUACAGGAAGCGUUACUGUAACAGCACCUAACGUUGCUGCAGUCCAAGCAGCAAUUGAACACAUUUAUCCACUAGUCUACGAGUUCCGCAAGGAGCGAACACCAGAGGACGAGCUUGCGUUAACAACGAAGAAGCGCAAGUUAGGCUUGAACAAAAGAAAUCGGGAUGAGUUCCUAGAAGACGAGCCAGAUUUGUCGAAUGAAAGUAUGAUCUCUGAUGCAGAAGAUGUACUCGAUGAAGCAGAAAGCGAUGGCAGUUGGGACUGAUCUGUUUUAUUUUAUCGCUCUGCUGUUAAACGUGAAACUGUUGUCUAUAUCUCGUUUUUUUGAUAUAAUAGAUACAUACUGCUCUAUGUACAAAAGUGUUAUUGCUAAAAGUGAAGUGAAACAUAAAUUUGUUUCCAUAGUGCAUGAACAAAUGUGUGAGUGUUAGGCAUAAAAUAGAGAUAUAUAUAUGCACCCUUAUGUAUACAAAUGUACACGAGGGUAUAAUUAUCAAGUACACAUCAAACGAACUGAUUAUCAUCCUAAAAA